AUGAGUAAACUGAGGAAAAAAGGCAAAAAACAACCACAAAGAAAAAGCAAGCAAAGAUAUUACGGAGAGAACGAGGAGGAAGAGAGGAUGAGAACAAAGCAUGUAAAGACAGAUGAAGAACCCUAUAUGGAAGAAAACAUUAUCCAAGCGCGAGACCUAGAAUCCGCGAGACCGCGAGACCGCGAGACCGCGAGACCUCGACCGCGGGACCGCGAGACCUCGAAUCCGCGAGAUCGCGAAACCACGAGACCGCGAGACCGCGAAUCCGCGAGACCGCGAAUCCGCGAGACCGCGAGACCUCGAAUCCGCGAGACCGCGAAUCCGCGAGACCGCGAGACCUCGAAUCCGCGAGACCGCGAAUCCGCGAGACCGCGAGACCGCGAAUCCGCGACACCGCGAGACCUCGAAUCCGCGAGACCGCGAGACCUUGAAACCGUGAGACCGCGAGACCGCGAGACCUCGAAUCCGCGAGACCGCGAGACCGCGAAUCCGCGAGACCUCGAAUCCGCGAGACCGCGAGACCUUCCUCACAGUGGUCCUUCGGGCAGGGAGUGCGGUGAGAGCUGCCCCAGCUCAGGGCCAGGGCCACGUGGCACCGCCCGGGGACCCCGGGUCAUCCUGCGUGUGGGAGGGGGUCCUCAGGAAGCAGGGGUCUGCGGGUCCCCAGGUGCAGUGGGGGAGGUGGGUGCCGUGCGGGCACUAGCUGGUGGGUCGGGCGAGGAGGCCACCAUCUUCAGGGUGAGGGUCGUGCGGCAAGGCGUGGCCCUGGAGGAGGGAGAGGUGGCGGGGAUCGGGGAGGAGUUGGGGCUACUGGUGGAAGACAUCAUGCAGAGGGUGGAGGCGGGGGCGGAGGAAUAGCAGUAGGAGGUGCAGGCGGAGGAGCUGGAGGAGAAGCCCCAGGAGCAGGGGCAGGAAGAGCCAGGGCCGAGACCCGGACCCACGACCGCCCGGCCCCUGCUGGAGGCGCUGGUGGCCCUGCAGUUAGAGCUGAGCCCUCUGAAUGCCCAAGCCAGCAGGGCCUACGCUUGGCUCAAGCACAUGAUGGGUCAGACGCGGAAGCCUCACUUGAAUGGAAGAAGAGCCAUCAUCUGGGGCAUCCCUGGCUUCUGGGCCAGAGCCAUCAUGAACCAACCCCAGAUGUCGGCCAUGAUCAGUGACCAAGAUGAAGACAUGAUUAGCUAGAUCAGUUUGGAGGUGCAGGAACUGGGCCAUCCUAGGCACCGCUGCAAGUUGAUGUUUUUCUUUCGGAACAACUCCUACUUCUGGAACGACGUGAUCAUGAAGGAGUAUCACCUUAGCAUCACUGGAUAUAGGGCGUCUCGUUCCACUCCAGUUCAGUGGUUCUGGGAUUAUGAACAAGGUGCCCACAGCCGCAGGCAGGACACCACCAGCCUUAACUUCCUCAACUGGUUGUGUGACCACAACUGCCCAGGGUCUAACAGGAUUGCUGAGAUCAUCGGCGAGGGCCUGUGGCCCAAUCCCCUGCACUACUACCCCAGGGAGGAAGGCCCCACCGGCACAGACCCGUAA